AUGAGGCUACAAUCACGCAGUCAAAUUGACUCUAUGAAAUCUUCAUGGCGCUCGUGGGAUCGUCGGCGGUGGAACGCGGGUCACUGGCUUAUUGAAAUACUUGCAGUUCAUCCUAUCUCUUUUGAUAAAAGACUUCCUGUGCAUCCGAAGACUGCAAAGGUUCCUUACGCAUCUCAGUGGCGGUUUAACGUCUGGGUCCUCAUCCACGCUAUUAUACCUCUCGUUAUUCAUGAGACCUUCUCCCUCUACUUCAGCCACCAAUUUUCGCCGCUUGUUGCUGGCAUAUUCUAUAGCCUAUCGUUGCAAGCAAUUGGGGUCCAUGAACUACACAUGCUUCGCCAGGUUGGACACACACAUGGAUAUUUCGACGGUGACACCCACGAUCGUGAUGGGGUUCCUGAUACUGGGGUAUGGAGAACCGUCUGGUCCCUACUAUCUGGUGCCACCCUGCGUCCACUGAUGUUAGUGACACUCGCCUACCAAGUAGACCAAGGACCGUUGUCAAUUCGUUGGGGUUGGCUACUUUUGGAAACUGGUCUAUAUGCCAUCGUUCUCGACUUUUGGUUCUACUGGUAUCAUCGUCUGAUGCAUGAGAGUCAUUAUCUGUGGAAAUUCCAUCGCACUCAUCAUCUCAUAAAACACCCAAUUCCACUGUUGUCAGCUUAUGCAGAUCUAGAGCAGGAGUUUUUUGAUGUUGUUGGCAUCCCACUUAUGACCUACGGGUCAUUAAAGCUUCUUUGCCUGCCAAUGGGAUUUUAUGAAUGGUGGAUAUGUCAGCAGUACAUUAUUUUUACCGAAGCACUCGGCCAUAGUGGUCUGCGAAUUAAGGCAAUUGCGGCCAACCCAUGGAGUUGGCUGUUCAGUAUGAUGGGGGUGGAACUUGUCAUAGAAGAUCACGACCUUCAUCACCGCAGGGGUUGGAGAAAAAGUCACAAUUACGGCAAACAAACACGAAUAUGGGACAAACUCUUUGGCACUACGUACCCUCGUGUAGAGGGGUAUGAGGGGAACAUUGACUACGACAACCCUGCAAAAAUCCCUCUCCUCUGA